AUGUUGUUCCUUCUUCUCUUGCUCACAGGCGCGGUGAUUCUGAGGAGCGUCUAUCGUCUGUAUUUCCAUCCGCUUUCGAAGGUGCCGGGGCCAAAGCUGGCAGCGAUCACUCACCUCUAUGAGUUCUAUCAUAAUGUGAUCAGGCCGGGAAUGUUCCUAUGGAAAAUCGAGGAGAUGCAUAAAAAAUAUGGACCCAUUGUACGUGUUAAUCCUCGUGAAGUCCAUGUCACAGACCCCGAGUUCUACGAUGAGAUAUAUGCUGCAGGAAGCAAGGUGCGCGAGAAAGACCCAAUGUUCGCCGCCAUCUAUUCCGCUCCCCACUCCCUCGUGGCCACUCUCGGUCACACACAACAUCGGUUACGCCGACAUGUCCUUAGCCCUUUCUUUUCCAGAAAGGCUAUCAAGAACCUUGAGCCCCUAAUCGAUAAUAAGCUUGCUCAACUCCAGAAGCGCUUCCAGGCAGCCUAUUUGGACAGCACAGUGCUUCACCUGGAUGUCGCCUUCUCCGCCCUAGUGUCCGAGGUGGUCACACAUUAUUGCUAUGGUAGCAGCUACGGAUUCCUGGAAAAUGAUGAUUUCAGCAGCUCUAUAACGUCGGCGAUAGAUGCGAUUAGUUGUAGCGCACCUAUUAACAAGCUUCUACCGUCUCUAGCAACGCUGGCACGUCUUCUCCCAGAGUGGAUUAUGACAAAGUUUCAACCUUCAAUAGCGGGAAUAUAUAAGCUGCAGGAUAAAAUCCGUCAGCAGUCAUUGGAAGCCCUGCAAGAAAGUUGCCAAUCAGACUCGAUUCCUGCGCGUUCCAAUACAACACUCUAUAGUUCUCUUACCAAUCCCAAAAUACCUCCAGAGGAGAGGGCCGUCCAACGCCUUGUGGACGAGCAGAUGAGCCUACUUGUUGCGGGAUCAGUAUCUACCACCAAUACGUUACUCGUCGCUGCAUUCCACUUACUGCAGAACAAGUCCAUACUUCUUAAACUUCGCCGGGAGCUCAAAGUGGUCUUGCCGACCCCCACCAGUGUGGUACGGUGGUCAGACCUUGAGAAGCUUCCUUACCUGGUAUAUCAAAUCCUCUCCGCGAGGGGCCCUAAAAUCGUGACGAAACAACUAACAUCUUUGGGAACCAUACAGACUGGGGUUGUCAACGAGGCUCUUCGCCUCUCUUUUGGUGGAGCGAGCCGAUUCCCAAGAGUUGCGCCCUAUGAAGCGUUAACAUAUCGAUCUUAUACAAUACCAGCUGGAGUAAGUAUGUCCCCGCCGGGCCCCCCAGGAGGCCUCGAGGAUAUGCAUAUCCGCUAA